AUCUCUUAUUUUCAAGACCUUUACAUCUGCUGCUGCUCCUAAGUUCAGCUUCAUUGAACAAGCUCAGUCACACACACAUUCCAAUGGAGUCAACAACCCCAUAUCGUUUCCUACUAAUCCUUUUCUUCUUCUUCUUCUUUCUGCAAACAAAAAUAACCCAUUCAGCUUCUCUCAUCCCAAAAAAAGCUCUCCCCACAAAAUCAGGCUAUCUUCCAGUCAAUCCCAACUCCGACUCCGCCAUUUUCUACCUCUUCUAUGAAGCUCAAAAACCCAUAUCAACUCUCUCCAAAACCCCAAUUCUCAUCUGGCUCCAGGGUGGCCCGGGAUGCUCCUCCAUGAUCGGAAACUUCUACGAGCUCGGCCCAUGGCGUGUCAAUUUCAACAAAAGACCCGACGAGCCGCUGGCUCUCGAACCCAACCCGGGUUCUUGGAACAGGAUAUUCGGUCUCCUUUUCAUCGAUAACCCGAUCGGAACUGGGUUCAGUGUCGCUUCCAAACCGGAAGAAAUCCCCAGAAAUCAGACCGGAGUCGCCGAACAACUAUUCGCAGCCAUAAAGGCGUUUAUCAAAUCAGACCCAUCGUUCAAAACUCGGCCAAUUUAUAUAACGGGCGAGAGCUAUGCGGGAAAGUACGCUCCGGCAAUUGGGUACUAUAUUUUGAAGAAGAACGCUAAGUUACCGAGUUCGGAUCGGAUUAAUCUAGCAGGAGUUGCGAUAGGAAAUGGGUUGACCGACCCGGAAAUUCAAGUAUCGACUCACGCAGCGAACGUUUACUUCUCCGGUUUGGUCAACGAGAGGCAAAAGGGCGAGCUGGAAAAGCUUCAAUCGGAGACUGUGACUCUGACCAAGGCCGGGAAUUGGAGCGCGGCGACGGACGCAAGACACAGAGUACUGCGAAAGCUUGAGAACAUGACGGGCUUGGCCACUUUGUACGAUUUUUCGAAGAAGGCACCCUACAAGGAUGAGAUGGUAGAGGAGCUUUUGCAAAACGACGACGUUAAGAAGAUGUUGGGAGUGAAAGGGUCUGUAGUUUUUGAGGUAUGUAGCGAUUUGGUGGGCGAAAUACUCUACGAAGAUGUGAUGAAGAGCGUAAAGUACAUGGUGGAGUCGCUGGUGAAGGAGAGCAAGGUUUUGCUUUACCAAGGGCAUUUUGAUUUGAGAGAUGGCGUCGUUUCGACCGAGGCUUGGGUGAAGACUCUGAGUUGGGAAGGGAUUGAGAGUUUUUUAAAUGCGGAGAGAAAGGUUUGGAAAGUGAAUGGAGAACUAGCUGGGUAUGUGCAGAAAUGGGGGAGUUUGACGAACGCCGUCGUUUUGGGAGCUGGUCAUUUGGUGCCCACUGAUCAAGCUUUGAACUCCCAGGCUAUGAUUGAAGACUGGGUUUUGGAUAGAGGGUUGUUCAAGAAGGGGAGUUACUCGACUAAGUUUAAGAAGCAAAUCUGAAAGAAUAAAGGAUUUGGUUUAGUGGUGUUCAUUAAUUGAAUAAGUGAUUUUAUUCACCAAAAUCAACUAAUAUAUUUUUCAACGUGCAUGGUGUUGGUGGGUGUAGCUUUACUUAAUUUGCAGAAAAACACGAUUGAUUAUUAUAGAUAAUGAAUUAACAUCUCAGUUAUGUUAACACAGACUUAUUGAGGUAAAUGUAUCGCACGUGUUUAUUUA